GGGGGGGUCAUGGUGGGCUGAGCCGGGAUGCAGUUCAACAAGGAGGAAUUCCGGAGGCAGGCGGGGGCCGCGCUGGGACGGCUGCACCGGCUGUUGGAGCGCCGUCAGGACGAUGCAGAGGGGCUGGAGCUCGGCCCCCCGGGGGGCUCCAUGGGGGACCCCCCGCGCCCCCCGGUGCUGGACUGCACGUGCUUCGGGCUCCCGCGGCGCUACGGCAUCGCCAUCCUCUGCGGCAUCGGCUUCUGCAUCAGCUUCGGCAUCCGCUGCAACCUGGGGGUGGCCGUGGUCAGCAUGGUCAACGCCGCCCACGGGCAGCGCCCCCAGUUUAACUGGGACCCCGAGACGGUGGGGAUGAUCCACGGGUCGUUCUUUUGGGGGUACAUCGUCACCCAGAUCCCGGGGGGGUUCAUCGCCCAGAAAUUCGCCGCCAACAGGGUCUUCGGCCUCGCCAUCGUCUCCACGUCGGUUCUCAAUAUGUUGAUCCCCGCGGCCGCCAGGACCCACGUGGGCUGCGUCAUCACCGUCCGCGUCCUGCAGGGCCUCGUGGAGGGUGUCACCUACCCCGCCUGUCACGGGAUCUGGAGCAAAUGGGCCCCUCCCCUCGAGAGGAGCCGCCUGGCGACCACCGCCUUCUGCGGGUCGUACGCGGGCGCGGUGGUGGCGAUGCCGCUGGCGGGGGUCCUCGUCCAAUACUCGGGGUGGAGCUCCGUCUUCUACGUCUACGGCAGCUUCGGGGUGUGCUGGUUCGCUUUCUGGGUGCUGGUGUCAUACGAGAGCCCCGCGCAGCACCCCACGAUCUCCCCCGAGGAGCGGAAAUACAUCGAGGAGAGCAUCGGCGAGAGCGGAGGCAGCGCCGGAAUGGUGCUCGCCACGCCCUGGCGCCGCUUCUUCACCUCAAUGCCCGUCUACGCCAUCAUCGUCGCCAACUUCUGCCGCAGUUGGACCUUCUACCUCCUGCUGAUCAGCCAGCCCGCCUACUUCGAGGAGGUGUUCGGCUUCGAGAUCAGCAAGGUGGGGCUCCUCUCGGCGCUGCCCCAUUUGGUGAUGACGAUCGUGGUCCCCAUCGGGGGACAAAUCGCCGACUUCCUGCGCUCUCGGGGGCUCAUGUCCACCACCAACGUCCGCAAGAUGAUGAACUGCGGCGGGUUCGGGAUGGAGGCGUCGCUGCUGUUGGUCGUGGGUUAUUCGCGCUCUCGCGCUGUCGCCAUCUCCUUCCUCGUUCUCGCCGUCGGCUUCAGCGGCUUCGCCAUCUCCGGGUUCAAUGUCAACCACUUGGACAUCGCCCCGCGCUACGCCAGUGUCCUCAUGGGUCUCUCCAACGGUGUGGGGACCCUCUCGGGGAUGGUUUGUCCCCUCAUCGUGGGGGCCCUCACCCGCCACAAGACGCGGGAGGAAUGGGAGUGGGUGUUCCUCAUCGCCGCCCUCGUCCACUACGCCGGCGUCAUCUUCUACGGCAUCUUCGCUUCGGGGGAGACGCAGGACUGGGCCGAGCCGGCCCGCGAGGAGGCCGAGCCGUUGGCCCCCAGGGGGGGCAACAGCGACGACGAGGACGACUACGAGGCCGAAGGAAUUGAAGAUGGAGGAGGAGGGGGACCCCCAGGGGGACCCCCACAAGGAUAUGGGGCUACGGGGACCACCCCAACCCCUGCGCCGAAGGGGGAGGUGAUCGGGUGAAGACCCACCGGAACCACCCAGGACCACCAGGGACCCCCCAGAACCCUUCAAAGACCACCAGGGACCCCUCAAGGACCACCAGGGAGUCCUUAAAGGCCACGCGAAGACCACCAGGGACCCCCAAAAAGCCUUCAAAGACCACC